AGGUCCCGUGUGGGUGUGAGCCGCGACGAGGGGCCAUGCAAGCCAGCAGCCCCGAGGGUCCUGAUGGGACAGUGGCAACUGCAAGAAAAGAGCCUCGUCGACGGCUGAAGCGCAGCCGGUAGCUCGCGUCCGAGGCUCGCCCGAACCCAAGGCCCGCGGGCGAUGUGCCCGGCCCGAGGAAGCGCAGCGGGUGGACAAGGCGUACGAUGCUCGAGGAUGGUAAGACGGCGGCGGAGACGGACGGUAGCGAGGGCAGCGGCGGCGAAGGUGGCGACGGCGAGGGCAAUGAAAACACAAACAACACCAAGCACAGCAACAAGGAGGAGACGGAGAGGAGGGGGACUCGGAGGCCGGCUGGUCUAGCAGGGGCGGCCGGUUUGCUGCUGACGAUAGCGGCCUGCCUCGGCUUGCCCCUCGUAGCCGCCAACCCGGACGCCAAGCGCCUCUACGACGAUCUCCUCUCCAACUACAACCGGCUCAUCAGGCCCGUCGGCAACAACAGUGACCGGCUCACCGUCAAAAUGGGCCUCAGGCUCUCGCAGCUCAUCGACAUCAACCUGAAGAAUCAGAUCAUGACUACCAACGUUUGGGUCGAGCAGGAGUGGAACGAUUACAAGCUCAAGUGGAACCCCGACGAUUACGGGGGCGUCGACACCCUUCACGUUCCAUCCGAGCACAUCUGGCUGCCCGACAUCGUGCUCUACAACAACGCCGACGGCAACUACGAAGUCACGAUCAUGACCAAGGCGAUACUGCACCACACGGGCAAGGUCGUGUGGAAGCCGCCGGCCAUCUACAAGUCGUUUUGCGAGAUAGACGUCGAGUACUUUCCCUUCGACCAGCAGACCUGCUUCAUGAAGUUCGGCUCGUGGACCUACGACGGCUACACGGUGGACCUGAGGCAUCUGCUCCAGUCGGAGGACUCGAACGAGAUAGACGUGGGCAUCGACCUGACCGACUACUACAUCUCGGUCGAGUGGGACAUACUGCGGGUGCCGGCGGUGCGCAACGAAAAGUUCUACAUAUGCUGCGAGGAGCCCUACCCGGACAUCAUGUUCUACAUAACGUUGCGCCGCAAGACCCUCUUCUACACGGUCAACCUCAUCAUCCCCUGCAUCGGCAUCUCUUUCCUCUCGAUCCUCGUGUUCUACCUGCCCUCGCACAGCGGCGAGAAGGUCUCCCUAUCCAUCUCGAUCCUUCUCUCGCUGACCGUGUUCUUCCUCCUCCUCGUCGAGAUCAUACCCUCGACCUCCAUCACCGUGCCCCUCCUCGGCAAGUACCUCCUCUUCACGAUGGUCCUCGUCACGCUGUCCGUCGUCGUGACCAUAGCCGUGCUCAACGUGAACUUCCGCUCGCCGGUCACCCACCGCAUGGCCCCCUGGGUACGCCUCGUCUUCAUCGAGAUGCUGCCCAAGCUCCUCAUGAUCGAGAGACCGGCGAGGGACGACGACGAUUCGGCCAACCCCGAGGGCCACCCGAGCCAGGGUCCCGGUCACCUGGGCCCAGGCGCCGACGAGGACGACGACGACGAUGGGCUGGACGAUCUCGAGGAGGACGAGGAGCCCGUGCAGGCGAUGGAGAACGGGGACGUGCGGGGCGAGCUGGAGGCGGGGGGUCCGAAGCACCACCCCGAGCACGCGGUCUUCCACGUGCAGGAGCGCUCGCCCAAGUACCAGCCGGGCUACUGCAACAGCUCGAUGGCCGGGGCGAGGUUCGCCGAGUACGAGUUGGCCUACCAGGUGCCGGGGCUGCCGUUUGGCGUCGGGCUCGAGGAGUCGGGGCUGCCACCGCUGCCGGGGCCCGAGGACGAGAGGCUCUUUGGGCUGGCCGUGGUCGGGCACCCGGGGGGUGUGGUCGUCGACGAGUUGCAGGUCAGCCCGAGCUUCGAGUGCAAGCCCGUCAACCGGGAGGUCGAGCGCACCAUGGAGGACGCGAGGUUCAUUGCCCAGCACGCCAAGAACGAGGACAAGUUUGGCAGCGUGGAGGAGGACUGGAAGUACGUGGCGAUGGUGAUAGACAGGAUUUUCCUGUGGCUGUUCGGGAUAGCCUGCAUCGUGGGCACGCUCCUCAUAAUCUUCCAAGCGCCGAGUCUGUACGACACGACGAAACCGAUAGACAUAAUGUACAGCAAGAUAGCGAAGAAAAAACUGAUGCUCCUCAACAUGGCCAAGGAGGAGGACUAGCUGCGAGCCUCGCCAGCCGAUGAGUUACUUUGGAUCGGCAUCGUGCGUUUGGCUGUCUCGUCGAUGGCCUCGCCAUCAUCAUUGUCCCAUCGAUAACCAGCAGCAACAAAGGAGGAACGGCUAUACAUAUACACAAUAGGAGAAUAAAAGUGCCAAAUAACGCGGCAGAUCGCGUAGCGUAUUUUUAUAAAUCUGCUUUCAUACGUAAUAUAAUAUAUACAUUAGUGUCGUUGUUGACUCGUGGCGUCGUCAUCGUCGUCGUUGUCGUCACAUACAUACAUAUAUAUAUAAUAACUCAUCGUCGUCGCCGUGAUGAUUAACGACAUUGAAUAUUGCGAUCAAGUGCACGUAAUAAUGGAUGAC